CAUCUGGACGAACCAGCCACAUGUGACCGUGUCCAUUUUAUCUGACGCUGAAAAUUAUCUUUCAUUUUCAACAUACAGGACUUUCACGAAGGAGAUCGUUGUGAGCAUUGUUGCACGUGUACAACCAUGCGUACCCUGGUUCUCCUCGCUCUGGUAGCAUCAGCUUCCUGCCAGGAGUACUUCCGGCAGCCGGAGAAAAUCGUAAACGAGAAUAGAGAUCUAGGUGACAAUCGCGGACACUAUUCCUUCACUUACGAAACAGAGGGUGGUAUAGUACAAAAAGAAAUCGGCAGCCGGAAGUAUGCUGGCACACCAUCGGAAACACAGUUGAUCCAAGGAUCAGUGCAAUACAAUGCUCCAGAUGGUACACCAAUAGCCAUCAGUUGGACGGCUGAUGAGUUUGGUGCUCAAGUAGCUGGUACUCAUAUACCAACACCUCCACCGAUACCACCAGCCAUUCAAAGGGCACUCGAGUGGAUUGCUAAACAACCAUCAACGCCGGAACCGGAAGAAGCUGCCAAAGAUUCGCCCAGUCAACAAAACGCUGUUCCUGUUAAUAAUAAUCGGCAGUACAAAUCGUUACGACCUAAUCAACGAAACUGAUUUAAUCAUUGAUAAUGAGAAUUGAAAUUUGAUUUUAGGAUCUUUUUUCAUUUUAUUGAAAUUGGAGCAGCGUGGGCUCACUGGUGGCACAUGUUAAAAUUUAAUACGUUCACAGUUUAACAAUGAAACGAAAAUGCAGCCUCGACUCACAUAGAGGUAGAUCUGCUUAAGAAUCUAAAUUACUAUUAAUAAUUGUCAGUUUUCUAAAUUACAAAGUCAUGAUUAGUGACAAUCGCUAUCAAAGUGUGAAUUAAUUAUAAUAUUGAUUUAAAUUAUUGUUGGCAUAUAAACAACAUUAAGUGUAUACAGGGUGUCCCAAAAAUAAUGUCCAAUUUAUAAAUUGCUAAUUCUCUAUGUUAAAAUAAAUUUAAGAAAUUCCUUUAAUAUGUAUCAGGCAAAUUCUUUAUGUAAAUAAUUGGGAAUUUAGUAUCUAUAUAAUUUUUGAAUUGUACAUUAGUUUUGAUACACUCUGUAUAAUUUCUAAUUCUGGAUUCUUGUGAUUGUAUUGUGAGUCAUCAGAACUGUGAACGUCUUAAUAUAAUUGAAUAGCUAUGAAAAGAAAAAGAAAAUUAAAAGUAUUAUUAAUAUUAUUUUAAUUUUGUAAGGAUUUUUAUCGAAAAAUGAAGUGGUUGUGUCUCGAAUUUUGAUUAUAAUUAAAGCGUGCAAUAUUUCUAUAAAUAUGCAAAAGACUUUUGUUUAAAAAUUUGAAUAUCCAUGAAAGAAUUAACCCCUUCAGAGAAAUAUAGAAAGCUAGAAAGUUUAAAAAAAUAAUGUAAAAGAACUAAAAUAAAUAAAAAAAUUUUCUUAUUAUUUAUAAUUCAUAUAACAUGAAAAUUUUAUGAAAGGGUUAAAUAUCACUUAAAAUUUAAUUGCCCAAUUUCAACCACAUUUACAUAGAACAGUAAAUCGUUAGUAGGUUCGUAAUCGACAUAUUGUGAUCUCAUGAAUAAACCUGUGAAGGAAAUUAUUAUAAUAAAAA